AUGGGACACAACGAUAUUGUCGUUCCAGAGCCAGCAAGGCUUCUGCAAGACUUCCUCGACCGGCGAACAUGGGUUCAAUACGUACAGUUUCGAUGGAUUGACUUCUCUGGAGUCUUGAGGGUCCGGGUAGUGACCAAGGAGUACGCCGUUGAAUUGGCGACGCAGGGAACGUUCCUGAAAUCUUCGCCCAUAGCAUUUCGAUGUAUCGUGGACAACGCCCGCGUUCCUGGGGUAGAUUUCACCACGUCCAACGUGUACCAGCCAGAUUGGAAGUCAAUCUGCUCGGCGAGGGGGCGGAAGGGUCAUGCGGCGAAAUAUGCGGCGGUGAUGUGUGAUGUCUCCGAGACGUCUCUUGGCAUGCAAGCACUCAGACAGAAGUGCCCGAGACAGGGGCUAGCCAAUGUUCUUCGAGCUGGCGCAGACAGCUUGGGCCUAGCCUUCCUGGUGGGCUUCGAGAUCGAGCUGAUCAUUAUGCAUCUCUCGCCCGUCAGUGGCGUAUUCGAACCGUACAGCUCGGGCUUUGGACGCUAUUCGUCUCACGGCUUGCGACAUCCGGCCUUUCGGUUGGUGGAGAAAUGCGUGGAGGAGCUGCGUGCGUCUGGGGUCUGCAUUCAAGGCUUUCACACCGAGGGCUUCCGCGGCCAGUAUGAGAUGUCACUGGGCCCGUUACCGCCAAUUGAAGCUGCCGACCAGCUGGUCUUCGUCAACGACAAGAUCAAAAGCAUAGUAUCCGAGCACGGUUAUUACGCCACCAUGUCCCCGAAGCCGGUGGCUGACUGGCAUGCCAAUGGACAGCAUACGCAUGUGUCCGUGUCUCCUAGCGGCUGCGAGGGACAUUUCUUGGCCGGGAUAUUGCGGUGCCUGCGUGGCAUAUGCGCCUUCACCAUGCCGUACGAGGUUUCCUACCAGCGUGUCACGCCCAACGAGGGGGGCAUGGGCGUUUCAUGGGGAUCGGAGAAUAGGGCGGUGCCGGUUCGUCGAGUCGCGGCUGGCCAUUGGGAGAUCCGCUGCGUCGAUGCGACAUCUAACGUCUAUCUGUCUUUGGCCAUCAUCUUGGGUGCUGGGAUUGUGGGUGCCCAGAGGAAGGAGGCCUUGCGUUGGCCCGAUGCGUCCACCGUUUCCCUUUGCGCAGAGGCCCCCGAACCCCUCCCAAAUUCACUGGCAGAUGCGCUCGAAUCGGUCAACGAAGACUUCGCUGCAAUCACGGCGGUGGUCGGGGAUGAUGUGAUCCCCCGGUAUCUGCAGCAUAAGCGACAUGAAAUGACGGUGCUAAAGGCCAUGGAGCCAGAAUAUGUGCGAGGACUGUUGAUCGAAACCUUCUGA